CUAUACUUUCGAUUUGAAUAGCAGCAGGAGCUCUGAAAAUCCAGGAAACUACCACUUUGAAUAGCCAUCGUCUUUAAAAAUGUAUUUAGCCCAGAUCAGUCACCUGAAAUAAUUUUUAUUUGGCUAUAUAUAUUUGUUUUAUUUUUGUAAAUUUGGAUCUUCCUGUGUUUUGACUUUAAAAUGUCCAGAAACACUUCAGAGCACAUACCUAUGGGUCCCUUAAACGGGAAUGAGCCAGAAGUGAUCCAGCCUUUCCUUGGAACUAGUACGGAGCAAAAGAAAACAGAAUGUAUUGGAGAAAUAUGGAGGAAACUUAAACCGCUCAUUAUACUUAUUGGUAUUUUUCUCUCGCUCUGUCUAGUAGUAAUAAUUAGUCUUGUCGUCUACACAAAUAACUAUGUAGAUGAAGAUGAAUAUCAAGAUGUAGCGUUAAAUAUGGAAAAAAGCAUGUACACAUUCACAGGAUCUCUCACCAUUAAAGACAAUUGUGUGCUGGAACCACUGAGAAUAAAUGAAACAACUCUCCAACAAAGGAUUGAAAAAGUGUAUUCAGUUUCUCCUGCCUUGCACCCCUAUUUUGUUUCUGCAGAAGUCAAGGACUUGCUUAUUGGUGAAAACACUUCAGCAAAUUUAAGACUCAACUUUUCCAUGCCUUCAGCAAACCAGGAUGAAAGAAAGUAUAAAAUGAGUAAAGAAUUUGUAGGAGGUAUUUUACGACAGGAUAUCUAUGAUGAAGAAAAUUCACAAUGUCAGAACUCCAGUGUAUUCCUGGAUCCAUUUCAAGUAACAUUUGCACAUUAACAUUCACAUAGAGGGUGCCAUUUAUUGGAAUGCAUUCACAUAACUGCAUACUAAAUUACUAGUGAGGCACUAAAGAAGAUGAUGACGACAAGGUGAAGAAUCGCAAGGAGGACAAUUCGUAUAUUUGUAUUAAAUUUAUAGCACAACACUUUCUCAUUUGUCGGGUUGAACGUGUCUGCUUGGCACAGUGUGGAUUAUUAAAAAUCUCCUGCCUCGACUUUGCAAUGAUCGAUUUCAUCUCUUGGCCUUCUCUUUUAUUCUUUAUUUCUGUGACAUUUAAAAAAGACAUAUUCACCUUUUCUAUUUAUCAAAUCAGUCAGUGCUGAAUAGGACACAUUUGCAUGGUGCAGUGGCACAUCUUAAGGACAACCUGGGGAACCAAGAAAACCAAAGAAAGGAUAUGCUCCCCAGUAUAUUUUGCUUAGUAAUAUACUUCCAAUAUGCUGAUGCACAUCAGGAACUAAUGGAAAGCAGACUCCCUUGCCAUCAAUUAUAAGCAUUACUGAUUGUUCAAAAAACGCAUUAUCACUUUUACUCUGGGAAUUUCUUACAACUUGUGACCACUUGGUUUUAUUGAACAUGGACAUGUUGUAAAUUAAAUGUAUUUUUUCAUAUA